GUACCCCUCGUCUGAGUGCCUAGUCAAAUGACAGCACAAAUACAUUCAACGCACAUGAUGUAACAUACCUUAAAUAAACCGAGCUUGCGCUCGAGUCGGUCUCUUUCAACGCUGAAACUCUAACUGAUAACAGCUCGUCUUUUCCUGCUCCGCAAAUCACAACUUUAACGUCUUUCCCCGGUUAUAUUAAGUGGCGACGGGGAUAAAGGUGUAAUUUUUUUACUACUUACGGUGGUUGGAAAAGCGCUUGGGCGUUUUGAAAAUUUAAGCGACCAUUUUGUGGCUCGUUCUGUGGGGAGCGUUCGUUGAAGUUAGCGGAAAUAUCCGGCGGAUUUGUGGUUCUGAGAGUGAGGUGAAGAAUCAGCAGCACGCGGCAAGCAUUCGGCAUCGACGGAACAAAUCGGGCGGCUAUCGUGCGGUGAAUUGCCGUGGGGAUUUUUUUUUCUCUGGUUUCGGUGGCGUUUGGUGCUGAAAUUUGUGCGCUAUUUUGUGGUGAAUCGGACGGCUAUUGUGAGCAGCAAGCAACUCCGUGGUUUGGCGGCAUUCCAGAGCGCAACGCUGACGGUGGAUUCGGUGUGCUAAUCGGGCGGAACCGGCAGGAGGAGAACAAAAGAGGGCGGUAAGGCGGUCGCUGGUGGAAAUUUUUGGAUCAAGUUCAAGGUCGGGACGCCAUUUUGGACGCCGGCUGGUCGAAGACGCGGUGCGCGUUGGUCUUCUUUUGUUCGUUGGGUGCUGCAUCACAAGUGGGCCGAAUAGCCAAGGUGGAGUUUCUGCUAAUUCAUUAGUGCAAACUUCAGUUCCGCGGACCGGAGAACUCCUGUGCUGGUGCGCGAGUCGCUGAACGAGUUUUGCAGCGAAGGUUGAGUUAUUUUCGCUGGCAAAGGCCGGGAAGGAGAUCGGUGAGUGAAAAGCUAUUUUAAAGUGAUCCCUGGAUUUGCAGUAAUAUUUGUGUUUUUCUUUUUAUUAUUUUUUUCUUUGGGAAAUUUGAAAUUUGAUUUUUUUUGCCUGAUUUUUGAUAUCAAGACAUGGGUUCGAACGGGUUAGCUACCUCUAUUGAGAUGUUUAGAAAGGGUACGUCAUUUACGGACUGGUCCGAUCGAUUGGCCUAUACCUUUCACGCAAAUCAAGUUGCGGCUGAUCGCCAAAAAUCGCAUUUCAUGACGAUUUGCGGACCGUUUCUUUUUUCUCAAUUAAAGCUGCACUACAGCAAAGAUGAGCUGGAUAAAGCCACUUAUGCUGAUAUUGUGUUAAAAUUGAAACAAAAAUUGGACAAAACGGAGCCGGACUUAGUACAACGCUUUCGUUUUAGUCAGCGAAACCAGCAACCUGAUGAAUCCAAUGAGGAUUUCGUGCAGGCGGUCAAGAUGCAGGCGGAAUUCUGUGGUUUUGGGGCGUUUAAGGACGUGGCCAUUAUGGACAGGGUCCUGGCGGGUCUUCUUGACGGGAAUCUCAAAGAGAAUUUGCUGAAGGAGGAAGGUUUGACUUUGGACAAGAUGGACAAGUUCAUCACAACAUGGAACAUAGCAAAACAAAACGUUAAAGCGUUAAACAAUCAACCUGGAGGAUCUCAAUUGGGACAGUACAGUUACUUUACACCAGAACAGAUUCAUUACAUUCAAAAGACAACAACACAAAGACAAGGGUCUUCACGGUACGGAAAUUACAGACAAAAUGAUGGGUUGCAAGGGCAAAAUUUUCCAGAAAGGCGAAACAAUUCCAGAUUUCAGCCUUAUAAAAACUACAAUUCUGAUUCUCAAGUUUACACUAACCGAAGGUUCAAUAACCAAACACAACAACAAAGGUAUUUUGACAAAAGCUAUGAUAGGAGAUAUCCUCAGACUAGAAUUUCGUGUGAUUUUUGUGGGAAAAUGGGUCAUUCUAAGCAAAAUUGCUUCAAACUUGAUUACUUUAACAGACAAUUUGUGAAUUUCAUGGGUGAGAGUACUGCAGAUGAUUAUUCCUGCAAUGAAGGUGGUGAAAUUGAGUACGCAAAUGCGGAAAUGUUCAACCAAAUAGAAAACUUUCAAGAUAAUAACGACCAAUGCAUGAAAAUUUUUACUGUUUUGAACACAACAUAUGUUAAGCUGGAUGAAACACAAAUAGAGGACCAAAUGGUUGAUUUUGAAGUUGAUGAUAGUUGCUUGUUGAAUGACAGCAAAUUUUCUAUACCAAUUGAUGAUGAUAGUUAUGCUGACUUUGAAUUGAAAAGUUUGUUUACCCCGAAUUGGGAGGAUGAUUCGAUUUUGGAUUUGAACGAUUUGUUUGAUAAAACUUGUUAUAAUAUUGAUGAAAAUUGUGAUAAGGCCCUGAAUUGGGAUGAUAAUUUGUUUUGUGGUUUUGGAUUUUUACAUGAUGAGAACAUGGAAGGUGGUGAACAAGGUGGUGAAUGCGAGAAUGUAGGUUUUAAUGAACUUUUAGCAGAUGUCAGCGUGAGUUUUGAAGGUGCCCCAAAUUGGGAAGAAAAUGUUGUGUGUGGUUUGAAUAAUUUAUUUUUGUAUGAAGAUGUUUUGGAUAUAAAACAAGAUGUGAUGUUGGAAAAUAACGAGGGUUCGAUUGAACAUAAUUUUGAUAUCAAAAGGAAUAUUUCAAGCAAUGCGUUAGCAGCAAAUUUAUAUUAUACCUCAAAUUGGGAAGACAGUGACAAUUUUGAUUUGGAAUGUUUAUUUACCACUAAUGUUAACUCAAAUCAAGCAAAUCUUGAUAACUGUGAAAGUUCGGACAAAAAGCUGCUGAUUGGCAAUGAUGGUUGUGGAAUUGAGUGUUGUAUUGAUGAUGUUCAGAAUUUGAUUUUAACCCCAAUUUGGGGAAUGUUUCAAGAAAGUUCGGAAAGUGUUUGUUUUGAAAAAGUAUUAUUUGACGAAGUUUCUGAGAUGUCAGGGCGAAAGGGUAGUAGUUUGAGUUUAAAGCUAUGUAAAUCUAAUUUGAAAAACGAGUAUGAUAUGCAAAACAUUGAAUUGAUGAUAAUAUUUUUGAUUAUGAUUGCUAUAAUUGUUUGCCAAAAUGGGUUUAAAGCUAUACAAAAUUCGUUGUUUCUGUACGAACUGAUGACUGAAAUUUUGACGAGCAUUGCAAAUUUGCAAUUUAUUUUGAUUUUGAGUAAAGGAUGUGCUAAAAAGUUAGACAAUCGCUUUGUUGACGAUUUUUGUGGUCGGCAUGAUCAAAAAUUUGUGGACGAUUGCUGGUUGUUAAAUGACAAAGUUGGCAAACCGCUAUAUUUACAAAGCGGGAAGUUGAAAUGUUUACAAGUCAUCUAUGCCAAAUCAUUAAAUCUGUUUUUGGAAAGUCAUAUUUGGUACACAAUUGAGAAACAACAAGUGUUGGACAGGAAUCUUAUUAAAAGCAUCAAACCAAAGCUGUUGGUUUGUUUGCUUGAAUGUAAUUGUUUGCUGGACAGUUUGGCAAUAGUCAUUGUGUUAUUAAUAUUUUUGAGAUUAGUUUUCUCAAUUUGUUUGCUAAGAAACCUUAUUCGCGGGCUGACGAAAGUGACGAAUGGAGAAUUCCAUAAUAUUAGUUUGUUGGUCAUUUGUUCAAUUCAGUUUAUUAAUUUUAUUCAAGACGAUGAUUGUCUGUCAUGGAAAUUUAGUUUAAUUUCAAAUAGUUGUGUGUGCAAUGGUACAUUGAAUGAAAAGCAAAUUAUAAACAAGUUAAACUAUAGCAUACCUAAAACUAAAACUUUUCAAGAGAAGUGUUUGACAGAUGAUCAGAUAGUAGAUGUGGAAACUCAAUGGUUUCAAUGGAAACUUUUUGAAAGGGUGGUGAAUGAGGUAGUCUCUUUAACUUGGGACAUACUUAGCAUAUAUUUUCAUAAAAUAGAUCAAAAUAUCUUGAUUCCAUGCAUUGUUUGCAUUAGUUCUCAAUCGAAAAUCCACAAUAGUGAUGAACUACUUGUUGUUUCAAGGUCUAUUGGCUUUGUUCAUAGGCUGAUAUGCUGGAUUUCUGUCCUGAGUUUUAGAGUUGUUUUUACAGUUUUCAUUAUAAAUGUCCUAAAACAAUUUUAUUUGUAUUUUAAACAGAUACUCGUACAACACGGUUCCCAGUGGAGCGAGGACAAGAAAACGCGAUGGCGCCUAGUAGCACGAAUCGUCGUGUUGUGGACUCGAAGGAGAUGUGCUGUUCGUGGUGACUGGCAAUCAAAGAAGUUGCUGGUGGAGUGCAGCAAACGAAAUGACCUUCUACUGAAGACGAAAUGCGAAACAACAUGGAGAUUUCGAACGAGGACACGGGUGGUGCUGGAUGCGGCAGAAACCGUCCGUUUAGGGAUGUCUCUGAACGGAAAGGAACAAAACGUAAAAAACGUAAAAGGAAUACUUCUAACAGUGAAAUUAUCUGCGGUGAAGACUUUUUUACAAUUCCUGAACACUAAUUUCUUUCGAAUUAGAACAAAACGUUGAAUUAGAUUUUUGUUUGAUACUUAACUUUGCUUUAUAUAAAUUACAUUGUUAUCAUUUCAUUAAUGAGUUCGUUAACUUUAGUUUUAAGUAAAGGGGGAGGACUGUUGAGUACCCCUCGUCUGAGUGCCUAGUCAAAUGACAGCACAAAUACAUUCAACGCACAUGAUGUAACAUACCUUAAAUAAACCGAGCUUGCGCUCGAGUCGGUCUCUUUCAACGCUGAAACUCUAACUGAUAACAGCUCGUCUUUUCCUGCUCCGCAAAUCACAACUUUAACGUCUUUCCCCGGUUAUAUUAGCUUGUAAAGCACCAGAUUUGAUAAACCCGGUCAGCCACUUUCGCACCGAAUCCGAUGACUCAAACUGCCUGGCUUUGCAGGAGCUAAUAUGGAGGCACUUUCUCACUGGGUUGUCAGAUCUUCAAUGUUUUGGACGCGUUGGAAAGCUCUUUUGAAUACCCAUCCUACGAUAUGAGAGAUCUGAACGACGUUUCCAUCAAAAUGUCUGAGAUCCGGCCUCCAAAAAGCGCAUAAAUAACACUUAAGUAUUUAUAACUGUUGUGGCUGGGAACACAGACGGUUGAAACCAACACAACCGCAGUCAACCUGAAGGCUCCAAGCUGUCAGCUGGCCUGACAGCAGCUGCGACGUCAGCAGUAACAACUCAAAAAGUCAAACGCCCAGUUGUCGAAGAUCAUUCUUGCAUUGUAUUUCGUAGAAUAAAGACCUAUUUUAAUCCGUGUUACAUUAAUUGGUGUCUUCUCAUUUGGCCACGGGCCGCACGAUAUGAAGAGCUUUUGUGAAUACAAAAUUGGCGACGAGAAGUGGUUGUAGUGUCGAUAUCUCCACUACAAGAUUCCCACGCGCGGAGGAGGAGCAAAAUGCAAUUUGCACCAGUCAACCCGCCGUUGAUUGGGUGCAUCCACGAUGGCGUCGUGAUUCCCGUCAGGCAGCGGCCGGUGGACGGCCAUUUUCCCGUCGGCCCGGAACUCCACGACCAGCAGCCAUCGCGCAACGGCCAGCAGCACCGAUCAACUGGCCCCGUACAUGGUGUCCCCGCACUUCCCGGUGAUCAACAACCGAUCGCGAUGUUCCACGGAUUGGCAUCCAUCGGCCCGGGUCCGGCUCAAGCGGCAUCGUACGGCAACGUCCAUCCGGGAGGCCCCUGUCAUCACGCCCCAAGUCCCGGACAACCCAUGCUCUCCCUCGACCAGAUGAUGCUCCGCUGUUCGUCGAUGAUGGACCUCCUGGUCCAGCAGCAGCAGCAUCUCCAGCAAGCUCUAUCAACAAUGGCGGCCGCGCCAUUUUCCUCGCUCCGUUCUAUGUGCGAGGUCCCGCAGCUGCAUUAAAGUGAGAUUACCGUGGCCGCGCAUUGCAGCUUAGUGCCCUGCCAACCGGCCCGCUGAACAACUCCUCAGAGCAGUAUCAAGAUGUGCCCCGUGUCGUCCGUACCAUCCGAGAACGAUCGAUCGCAUCUGAGGGCACAUACCAUCGACACAUCCACCUCGCUAGCAAGUCCGGCUCAACCAACGCGAGACCUUGAAGCUGCCGAGCACACUCCGCAGCCAGCAGGUGGACAUCUCAGUGACGUCGUAGGCGACGAUCACGAUCGCCGGAAGCUCGUCCAGGACCCCAAGCAACUCCCUCAAGUGGACAGUUCCGGUCAGCGGCUCCUGCCCAAGCCAGCGAACCCAAACAACCACCUGAUCACCGAAGAUCCUCCGUCGACAACCGCGCAGAAUGAAGUUACUGCCGACGUCAUCGACCAGCAUCGGGAACUGCCCUUCAUCUGCUCGACAUUGUAUGCCGCCCCAAAGGAUCUCGGUCGGCACAAGCAGAUAAACAUCAUCCCGAUGGACUACACGAGUUGGCAAUUUUUAUCAUCACCGAGCAAGGUCGUAGCCAGCGCGCAUGGCUCCCUUCAGCUGCACAUCGGCACCAGAGGACUGCGGCCGAAAGAAGGUAACCCCGUAUCGUUCUUAGAACAAGUUCCACCGUGGCCGCCUCCAUUGUGCACUUCCAGCUCUCCCAAGCACGCCUCCAACAUUUUCCGAGGAGGAAGAAACAACAAGAUGUCGAUUUUGGUUGCCGUAACUAAUCCUGCCACCUGCCACACGUGUCCAACGCAAAAUUUCCACAAAUUGCACGUGCAGGUGACGAUUGGCAGAUUCGGUCGAUCAGCUGUGUGUACUUUUCAACUGCUGUCUGUACACAAUGAUCGUCACAACGUGAUGGUGUGCAACUCAAAGUCGCGAGCAAAACAACUCGCUGUGUCGUCCAACCACAGCGUGCCCCACAACCAGAUCAUGAACCAGGAAUUGAUCUGCAUCACCGUCCUCGUCCUCGACCUUGACGUCCACCUGUAUGUCACCGUCGAUGGCCAAACUACGCUCGAUGGUCGUCGAAAAUAACCGCUUUUCCUGAUGAAUAGUGUUGUUCCAGUUCGACUCGGACCAUCGAUCUUCAGAGGGGGAGAUGUUGUGGCUGGGAACACAGACGGUUGAAACCAACACAACCGCAGUCAACCUGAAGGCUCCAAGCUGUCAGCUGGCCUGACAGCAGCUGCGACGUCAGCAGUAACAACUCAAAAAGUCAAACGCCCAGUUGUCGAAGAUCAUUCUUGCAUUGUAUUUCGUAGAAUAAAGACCUAUUUUAAUCCGUGUUACAUUAA